GCAGACAAAAAACCAACCUGAAGUUUAAAGUUUAACUUUCUUGUUUUAAAAAUAGACAUUUCGUAGUUUUGCAAACAAAUGCGCAGCGAUUGAAAUUUCAUCUGAUCUACAUGAACAUAAAUAACAAAUCGUGACACAAAAAUGGCGGAGAGAGCAGGAUAUGAUCAGAAAGGAGAUGAAUACACAGUAAAGAAUGCCUCUUUUGUGUUGGGUGUUCCAUCUACCUACCAAAAGACAGCGCAGCAAGAACCUGAUCAUCUAAUAUACAAGCCGAGUAGCGAACUUACAAAUACAACAGUGGUAAUGAGCCAGCCACAACCAGGGACUGUGUUGAACAUUGUUCACAAACCACUUCCAAACCAUAUGGUACCUGCCUUGUGCGUCAUGAUAUGUUGCUUCUGGCCGACAGGUUUAUUUGCAGUAUAUUUUGCAUACAAAACACGGAAUCUCGAGCUCUCCGGCGACUAUGGCAAUGCGAAGGUCAUGUCAGACUUUACAAGAAAAUGGAUAAUUGCUACAGUUUUACUUGGAAUUUUUGUCGGCAUUAUUUCAGCUAUCGUUUACUAUGCCGAAAUGAUGAAUUAUUACGACAACAUUCACAAGAACUAGGAUAGUUAUCGACAACGUCCACUUCAAAUUCGAAGAACUGACAUGAUUCUAUAUUCAGAAAUAGUUUAUAUCUGAAAUCAUUGGAUCUGAUUUGCGUACUUUUAUAUCGUGAAUAAACCGUUACCAUUUUUUUACAUUUUUAAUUUCAUGUUAUUUUUUUUGUUGUAAAUAUCUAUGUAAGUACAGAAACUAUUUCAAAAUAUAAAACUGUUAUUCCAGAAAUCUAUAUUCGGUAAAAGUUUAUUUUAUUACUGACAAAUUCACUGUAAGUUAAUAAUUUUUGAGAGAUGAUAUCAUGCUAAUUAGAUUUUUGACAUGUUAAUAUGACAUGUGUAAAAACUAUGUACGAUAAAUAAACAAAAACGUGAAUUUCGUUAAAGCAUUUAGAAAUAUUCAUUUGAAUGAAACCAUUAUUAAAAUUACAAAAAAGGCAAUUUGUACAUUUUUUCAAUUUGAUAUUCAUAAGAAGUAACUUCCACGUCGGUUUCCCAAAAACCCAAGUCUAUUAAUAACUCUGUCUAUAAAUAGGUGGGAGUACAAUUUAUUCUGUACAUUGCACAUUUGCACUGUCAAUUUCAUAAACCCUGGACUGUACCUCUCCAAUGAUGAACUGUUAGAAAAUCAAAAUAUUUUUAAAAUUCUAACGAAGACAAAGAAAACACAUCAAACUUUUAAUCUAUUUCUAGUACAUAUCAAAUAGAUAAAUAAAUUCAAAACCCUACUUGGACUGUAGUCAACGAUAUUUUUAACUUGCACUAAGGAUCGUAGUAGCAGUUCUACCACGUGAUAGAGAGUUUUUUUCGGCCGAAGUCUGUCUGUUAUCAGUUUGACUUCCUGUAGAACUAAGAGGGGAGGACUAAAUAUAACACGAAUUUUCAUUGGUCAUUUAACAUUGCAAACAUUGCAAACUGAAACUGGUGAAUCGCAUUAAUCAUUCUAAAAUAAAAUGUAAAGAACAGCUCUUACCAUUCUAAAAUAAAAUUCAAAGGAUAUUUCUCCCAUUUUAAAAUAACAGUUUAAGGAUAACUCUAUGAUAAAAUAUGAGGAAUAGUUUUCCCACUAUAGAAUACAAUGCGAAGGAUAGUUCUCAAAUGAGAUGUACUGGAAUGAGGAUAGUUUUUUGUGUUUAAUUAAAAAAAAACAUAAAAGCACAAAAUAUGCAUUAUUGCUUCUUUGGGAACUUCGCAGUUCUUUGGAGUUUCUAAAUCGUCAAUAAAUCUGCCAUAUUGUUUCAAGAAUCAAUAACCGUCACUGUUACCAGUGGAUAAAAACGCCAUCCACUAAGUACCCAGGGUAGUAUCCAACUGUCGAGCAAUGAAAUAUUAUCAAAUGGAAAACUGGCCGCUGGGUAAUGCGAAGGAUUUAACUAGCCACUGUUUAAUUUUCACCAACGUUUGAAAAGCAUUUACUUUAUUGACUUGAAUAUAUUUUGUAUCUAAUUUUAUAGGAAAAUAAGCAAAUAUGCAUUAGAGUCAUAAUAUUCAUGUCUCAAAUGAUGUAAUAAAUGAAAAUUUCUAAAGUAGAAAGCUA